UGCAUGAAUGAGUAAAAUAAAAACAGAGAGAAGACUUUCCACCUGCACUUUCUUGUCCUUGAGGCUAGCAUUCCCAGUCUUCUAUGGUGUAAAUAACAGCUCCGCACAGCGAUUGUGCACUACAUACUUUGCUCACCAGCCAGGUUGUUUAUAGUGUCGAAUGGUUCUCGCGUCGAGUGAAUCGCGUCCUGUAAAAUGGAUUUUCUGUGCAUUUGCUGCCCACCUGGUAGCUCUGCUGCUAUUCGACAUUGGCAUGUUUCCAGUCAAGCAGAUGAGUAGUGACAAUGCUGAAUGGAGAGAUUAUGGCCUGGAGCCGGGUACGGAUGCGCCACUUCGUUAUGAGCGCGUCUUCAAACGAGUCGUGGUGAUGCUGAUCGAUGGGAUUCGAGCUGAUUUCGUGUGGAACGACAGGGGCCGCAUGCCAUUCACCCAGUCACUGCUGGAAAGUCAGCACGGCGUAGGUUUGGUGACCCUGGCUCAAGCACCCACGGUUACACUGCCACGUAUCAAAGCCAUACUCACUGGGUCAGUUCCUGUGUUCAGUGAUGCUAUACUGAAUCUUCAACAGUCCACGUCCUUGUCCAGUGACAAUAUCCUUGCUUACUCCAAACAGCAUCACGGCAGCAACAUAGUAGCGUACGGUGACGACAUAUGGGGCACCCUGUUCCCGGCGGACGGGGCGUUCCUGCGCCACGAGUGGGUGGUCUCGUUCUUUGUGAGCGAUUUCAUCGACGUCGAUUUGAAUGUCACACGUCAUGUGACGCCCGAGCUGCAGAGUGCGGACUGGGACAUACUGAUCUUGCACUACCUCGGCUUGGAUCACAUCGGCCAUUUCGAGGGCCCUACGAGCAGUCACGUGCCUGGAAAGCUGCUGGAGAUGGACGAGAUCGUGAAGCAGGUGUAUGAAACACUCGACAAGGAUAGCGUCCUGCUUGUUCUCGGUGAUCAUGGCACGGGUGAUGCAGGUGGACACGGUGGGUCGUCAGCAGCAGAGGUGCGUACACCGGCCAUGUUCUUCAGUCCUGGGAUAAACAAACAUGCCGCAGCUGCUACAGUACUCGCCAAUCCGGCCGGAGAAGUGGACCAGACUGACCUCGCCUCCACCCUAGCUGUGAUGCUCGGUGUCCCGAUUCCCAAGGCGAAUAUGGGAACUCUGAUUUCUCCAAUGCUGUCUGUACUGUACGCCGAUGCGCCACGCUCUCUCUUGCGCGUUCUCGCUGCCAACACCGCGCAGCUUCUGGGCGCGGUGAAUGGCAGUGCCGUACCAGGUGCUCUGAAGGAGCGUUUCUUUGCCCGUCACGCGUCUGUAUCUUCUCUGCAUGCAGCCUACGUGGAGCGUCACAUGGGUGGCGCUGACCCAUCGCUGAGCAUAUCACAUGUGAACAAGUUAGUGCACGAUUAUCAGUUAUUGUUGGAUGAAGCCAGCGCGGCUCUCGUCAAGAGUAGUGUGUUGUACGACACAUCUGCCAUCUCUGUUGGCCUGUUUCUACUCGUGUCCGUCUUUGUGCUGUCGCUCCUCUUCAAGUUGCGUCCGUGUGUGUUCAGGGUUCUCAAGGCCGCUCCUGUCCUGUUUGUGGGCAGCGGUGUGAGUGUGUUUGUGCACGUGAUGAUCUGUACGUCUCCGUCGCUCAGCCAGUCGCCAUGGAUUUGUUCCGUGUCACCGAUGUCCACUCCGGUCAUCCUAGUCUUCUUCACAGCCAUUGUACUGAACAUCGCCGUGCUACUGUCACUGACUAAGAGUCUGUUCACUGAUCGCAGUGCCUGGCUGAACAGGGUUUCUCCCAUCGCCGGCAUGAGUGCGAGGGCACGUGCUCUUGCUGUUGGCGGUGUCGUUCACCUCCUGUUCUUGUCUGCCAGUAGUUUUGUCGAAGAGGAACAUCAAGUCUGGUACUUCCUGACCACUUCUCUCGUACUUUUCUCAGGAAUCCAGAAUUGUGUUUCGGGAGCCGGAGCUGGGUGUGCCAAGCUGCUGCCAUCACAAGCCAGUCCGUUUAUUCUAUCCCUUGCGUUGCUGCGACUGAUGCGCUCCUGGUGCCAGACGGGCGACAAAUGGCUUCAUUUGCCCGACUUGUCUUCCUGGCUGGCUGCCGAGAAGCGUAUUGCAGCGCGCAGUGUAACUGGUGCACUGGCUCUGGUCACCGUUGCUGCGGUGUUCUGCGUGAAGUUUCGCCAGCGGCACAUUCCUGCAUGGUGUCUCGGUCUGCUGCUGCUGCCCGGCCUCCUGUUUGCGUUCCUGGCUAGAUCAGCGAUGGGCUCGUUUGCCGUUCCUGGUGUCGUGGCUGCAUUGUUAUCAUCAGACGGGUACCUUGAAUCUCAUGUAGUGUAUGUUCUGUGUAUUGUGAUAGUGUUCGUUCAGAGUUCUCUGUCCUUGCUGCGAGCUUUACUAGGCUCUGGCACAACUGGUGACCACUGUGGCUUGCAGGUCUUCUACUCGGUCUACUUGCUGCUGAUGUGCUUGAUAACACGCGCUCAGAAUGUGCUCGUAGUGGCCGCACUCGGUGUGCAGCACGUGUUGUUUGAUCGGUAUGUCUGGCCCAGCAUGUCGGCGACUCAGGUAGCCGCGUCCAGUCUCUGGAUGGGGUUCGCCGGUUUCUACAUGCAGGGCAACUCCAACGCCAUCGCCAAGAUUGACCUCACGCCCGGCUACGUGGGAAUGAGAGACUUCUCACCGGCCCGCGUGGGUGUGCUCAUCACACUCAGUGUAUGGUCUUCCUUGCUGCUCUGGAUUCUCGCCGGGUUUGGGCAUAUUGUGCGUCGCCAGUACGCCUGCAGAAGGCCAGUUUCAAGACCGGUCGAUUGCAAGCUGAGCGUGCACAGAACUCCAGAAUAUGAGGCUAAGGGCAACAAUACACGUGCGCAGCAGCAGCAGCAUGGUAGUCAUGUUGAUGAAUUCUUGUCGACCGUCAUGCUAUAUCAGAUGGCUAUCGCGACCGUUGCUGCUCUUGUUACCAUGGCAAUGCGCCAGCACAUCAUGGUCUGGACGGUGUUCUCUCCUAAACUGCUUUACACAACGUCACAAUCCAUACACCUCAUAUGCCUGCUUAGCGCUAUGCUUCUCUCCACUUUCUUAUCCAACUGGAGAUAGUUUCCUUAUUUAUGUGUGGCUAGGCAUGGCUAUGUGAAGAAGCAAUGCUCAUUUUUUUUUAGUGCAUAGUUUUUGCACUCUACUCACACAGAAGUAAUUAGAAUUCUAGCUUGCUGGCAAGCUAGUUUUUUUCUGAAUUUUAAAAGGGCAAUCCCCGCA